AUGAAUUGCCCCUCUCGGACUGACGACACUUUGCUGCAUGAUGGGUGGAAUCAGAACCCGCGCUUCCUUUCUCCCGACCUGACUACCCGCCAAGACCUCAAUGGCAUCUCAAACACCCGCGAGAAGAAAGAUGAUGAGCCUGGUCCGGGAAUUUUGCGUGGAAGCUCUAAUUGGAAGGACACUCCUUCACCGGAGGAAAAGGAUGCAGGGAAUUACCUUGGCACGGGGUGCGAGGCGUCCCUGACAACGUCAGGACGCCUCGCUCCCCAGAGUACUAAUAUUGGAAUCGGUCACAAAGGACUAGAUCCAGAGAACAUUGUUUUCCCGUCAUAUCAGAGUAUCAAGGAUUGGGCAUUGUGGCUGCUCUCCGUGCUUCUUGUCUCGGCAGUCAUUUCCUUCGACAGUCUGAAGCGAGCCAGUCAAACGAUCAAGUUGUGCCCAGGGAGGUACCCGCGGGCAUACGACCUACCUCUGCACGUUGCGGCCCUCUUCAUCAUCCUGGCCACGUCGAGCAUUGCGUGCGCAUUCCCCAUUCUUGCAACUCGAUUCCCACGAAUGCAUAUCCCACCUGCAUUCCUUUUUUUCGUCACUCAUUUUGGAACUGGUGUCCUCAUCGCAACAGCAUUUGUGCAUCUCCUCCCGACGGCGUUUACUUCGCUGGGAGACCCAUGUCUAUCUGAUUUCUGGACAAAGGACUAUCCAGCCAUGCCAGGCGCCAUUGCCUUGGGUGGUAUAUUCCUCGUCACGGUCAUCGAAAUGGUAUUCAGUCCAGCCCAGAGUAUCUGCCGUGGAGGAAACAAGGUCCCAGCCGAAAGGCGAGCUUCGUGCCCUGCGGAUGCGACUCCGGCCCCAGCUGCAACUCUUGAUGUCCCUAGAUAUCCCGAUCACGCUAGAGUGCCGAGCUCGCAUUCCGCUGGAAUGGAUGGCCGGCAUUUGCGAGAUAUGGGUCCGCUAAUUGGAAGGUCCGCGAGCAUAAGCCGGGCGAUUAAUCGCAUGGGCGAAGGCACUGAAGAUGUAGUUCGAGUUGCGUCUGCAUCCGAUGUUCGAACUCAUCAUGAGAAGGAUAACGGGGCUAUCCAGACAGACGUGGAGCGUGAUGACGAUACAUUCGGCUUAACCCCUGAACAGAAGCAGAAGAAAGAGACCAUGCAGGUCUACCUUCUUGAGAUGGGCAUUCUUUUCCACAGUGUGUUCAUCGGCAUGUCACUCAGUGUAUCUGUUGGCAGUGAAUUCGUGAUUCUGCUGAUUGCCAUUGUAUUCCAUCAAACAUUUGAAGGCCUGGCUCUUGGAUCCCGCAUUGCCUCACUUCCCUGGUCAGAAAAGCAAAUCCAGCCCUGGAUCAUGUCCCUUGCGUAUGGAUGCACAACCCCAAUCGGGCAGGCUAUUGGUCUCGCAACCCAUACACUCUACAGCCCAGACUCGGAGGUUGGUCUACUCGUUGUUGGUGUCAUGAAUGCCAUGUCAGCUGGACUUCUGAUUUUCGCCUCGCUGGUGGAGUUGAUGUCGGAAGACUUCCUCAGUGACGAGAGUUGGCGCAUUCUCCGCGGGAAGAGAAGGGUCUAUGCCUGUAUCCUGGUGUUUUUGGGUGCUUUCUGCAUGAGCAUCGUCGGCGCCUGGGCGUAA